AUGAGGUCAUUCAUUUCUCUUCUUGCUUUCCCCGCUUCAUCGCUGGCUGGAUCCGUGCUGUGGAGCGGCAUCUUCGAUUCUUCUGCCACCGUUGAGGACUUUGACAAAUGGUCCUGGUCCAACCAAAUUGGAUCAUGGCAAUGGUACAUCCACGGCAGUGGCAAGACGAGCGAGUAUCUGGGUCUGUCCCCCGACUUCAAGAACCCGGCCGACACCAGCGACGCCCAGGGGGUCCGAAUCACCAUUGAUGGAACCUCCUUCUGGAAUGGACAGAACAUGGAGCGCUCUGAACUCAUCCCCCAGACUACCGCCAAUCUUGGCUCGGGCCAUCUAUACUAUCACUUCUCCCUGUCCACGAAGACAACAAAUGCCCCCGACGCCUCCUUCGAGCACCAGAUCGCGUUCUUCGAGAGCCACUUCACUGAGCUCAAGUAUGGCGCGUCCGGCUCAUCCGACAACACCUUGCGCUGGAAUGCAGGUGGCCAAACACAUUGGUCGGUCCAGCUGGAGCCAGGCAACUGGUACAACUUCGCUUACGAUAUCGACUUUGCAUCGCAAAAGGUCGGUCUCUGGGCGUCUAAUGGCUCCGAUCCCUUGACCGAGGUUGUCUCUCCCGUCAGCGCAUCCACCUCGACCAACUCGGCAGACUGGCACGUCGGCCAGCUGCGCCUGCCCAACGGGGGAUCCUCCAACGACGCACCAGAGGACUGGUUCUGGUCUGGCAUUUAUGUUGAGCAGGCACCUAUCACGAAGGAGAUUGGUUCUUCCGGUUCUUCCGGUUCUUCCGGUUCUUCCGGUUCUUCCAGUGCUUCCAGUGCUUCCAGUGCUUCCAGUGCUUCCAGUGCUUCCAACACGUCCUCCUCCAGUACUUCGAGUGCUCCCAGCCCCUCGACUUCCACUCCUUCCACCACCCAAGCAGCCCCUCAGCCGUCUUCUACCAGUGAUACAGAGCCAGCUGCAACCUCGGCCUCUCAGGCUGUGACAACACCUGCAGCUUCUGCGCCUGACACCAAUGCGGCGACACCCGCUGAACCUUCCUCGACACAGCUCCCCACCCCCACCACUGCCGCAGAGCUUCUCGCUGAUAUUCAGGCUGCUUUGCGCGCUCUUCUCUCUCGUUCCAACAGCGUGCAUGCCCGCGACUUUGCCCGCCCGGGGUAA